AAAGUAACCGAUAUUUCUCAUAAAACGUGGAGAGAUAACCCAAUUUUUUAAUGGGGGUGAAAUAACCAAAAAGUACCCAUCCUUCUAGCUAGGAUGGCCAUUAUAAAUACCGAAUUCUGUACACACACACACCAGUUAUCAGCAAGCAGUGAGACACAUAGCCAGAGAUGGGCAAGCAGUGACCGUCGACACAAUACAUUAGCAGUUGCAUACCACAAUCAGAAAAACAACACAACCCGACCAAAUGACGAACGCACACACAGACACAUAAGAUGCCUUAUACUAUCUCGUCACAUAAGCAUUCUCUUUCCUCCGCUUUUACUUCGCCGACUCGAAGAAGUUGGUAACUUCAUGUAGCAGCAUAUUUGUCCGUUUUUCAAAUCAAGCUUUCUGUAUCCAACACGCAAAUGCAACUGUUAACCAAAUAAAUUAUGAAAAUGGUAUUCCUAUUCUUUGUCAUCUGUUUUUCUUUGAUGUCGGUCCAACAAGCCUUAGUCAUCAGUGUAAUUCUUUCUACCGGUGGAGGCGCAACGGCCCAGUGGUUAGGGCAGCGGACUCGCGGUUUCGAUUCCAAGACCGGGCGUUGUGAGUGUUUAUUGAGCGAAAACACCUAAAGCUCCACGAGUCUCCGGCAGGGGAUGGUGGCGAACCCUGCUGUACUCUUCCACCACAACUUUCUCUCACUCUUACUUCCUGUUUCUGUUGUGCCUGUAAUUCAAAGGGUCAGCCUUGUCACACUGUGUCUCGUUGAAUAUCCCCGAGAACCACACUAAGGGUACACGUGUCUGUGGAGUGCUCAGCCACUUGCACGUUAAUUUCACGAGCAGGGUGUUCUGUUGAUCGGAUCAACUGAAACCCUCGACGUCGUAAGCGACGGAGUGCCAACAACAACAAUUCUUUCUACCACAGGUACAUAAUUUGCAUUGACACCGGUUCCAGUUACUUCGUAACUAUUCCCUCGUGGUUUGUGUCUAUUAAUAAAGUUUCACGUAUGAUAAUUAUGAAUGAAAAAGAAAGUUAUAUUUUAUGUAUGAAACUUUUUCGCUCUAAACAUUAUCAAAAUAGUUUCAUAAGAAGCUAUUUUGUUUUAUAAAUAAAAUUACCCAUAAGUCCAUUUAUAUCUGACCAGAACUUGCCUGUUUUGUCAAGUUGCUGUAAACUUUUAAUUUUUAUUUCUGUUAUCCGACAACAUGGAUGGACAGUUCGACGAUGCCGUAGAAGAUACAUCAGAGCCUAUUCCACAAGAAAAAAUCGAAAAGGAAGUUUACAGCAGUUCUUCAAGUGAAGAAAUUGAAGAUUCUUCGGAUGAUUACGAUGAUGACCUGAGUUUUGAAUGGACCAACAUGUCUGGAAAUUUCACGAAGAGAUAUAACACUGCCAUGUCAGGCGGACCAACGAAUUCACAUCAAUCAGCGUCACAAAGUAAAAAUACGAAGGAGUCUUAUCAGCCUCUUGAUAAAGUUCUUAAAAAUGUUCUCGAUUUGAAGAUGAAAACCACGAAAUACGAAGGACCAUCAAAUUGUUUUUUUAGUAAAUCGGAAAGGAAAGCCGAAGCGGAACGUCUUCGAGGAAAAGACAAGUCUGAGCGAGCCACUUCAGAACAGGCUCUUGAUCCACGGACUCGAAUGAUAAUUUUUAAAUUACUAGGUCGUGGUGUCAUAUAUAAUAUAAACGGUUGUAUUAGCACUGGCAAGGAAGCCAAUGUUUACCAUGCCACAGGAAAAGAUGAUUUUGAUAUCGCUGUAAAAAUUUACAAAACUUCGAUUUUGGUCUUUAAAGAUCGAGACAAAUACGUCUCGGGUGAAUUUAGAUUUCGACAUGGAUACUGCAAGCGGAAUCCCAGAAAGAUGGUCAAAACGUGGGCUGAGAAAGAAAUGCGAAAUCUUCAAAGAAUACAUCAGUCUGGUAUUUUGUGUCCGAAACCUAUUCUUUUACGAAGUCAUGUUUUCCUAAUGGAGUUUAUCGGGAAAGACGGCUGGCCAGCACCUUUGCUCCACGAAGCUGUCUUAACAGAAUCAAAAGCUCGUGUGUUGUAUCUCGAUUGUAUUUUAAUGAUGAGAACCUUGUAUCAUGAAUGUCGGUUAGUUCACGCUGAUCUAAGUGAAUUCAACAUGUUGUUUCACGAAGGGAAAAUCUAUUUGAUCGAUGUUUCUCAAUCGGUUGAACACGACCACCCUAACGCAUUGUUUUUCUUACGUAAAGACUGUACAAAUGUGACGGACUUUUUCCGUAAACAUUCUGUUUGUGGUUUAACUGUAAAGGAACUAUUCGAUUUUGUCACUGAUUCUUCUAUAACCGACACGAACGUGGACGAUUAUCUAGAUAAGGCUAUGGCCAUUACUGCUGGGAGAACUUUGGAAGAAAUUACGCAACAAGACAAAGUAGACGAGGAGGUGUUUAAGAAGAUUUUUAUCCCAAGAAAUCUCGAUGAAGUUGUUAAUUUUGAACGUGAUAUUUUAAAUGCUAAGAAAGGAGACACAGAUCAGGUGUACUAUCAGACAGUUGUUGGUCAAAAACCAGAUUUAAGCGGACCACAAAAAGAACCAUUAUUACUUGAAAAACAAAAUGAUGAAACUUGUUCUGCAGAGGAGUCUGCAGAAAACUCUGACCAAACAGAUGAUAGCGGACAGGAUAGUGAUGAUGAAAACGAAGACAGUGGUAAGAACGUUGAAGAAAAUAUUCACCAUAGAUCCAGGAACGAAUCGCCCAAUAGUCGCAAGAACCGUAAAAAAUUAGUGAAAGAAGCGAAACAAAAGUCAAGAAGUCAAAAAGUCCCAAAGCAUGUGAAAAAACGCAAAGAGAAAUUAGCGAAGACAAAACGAACUUGAAUAAUAAACAUGGAAAUUAAUUUUUUUUUUUAAUAUAAAAUAGAUUUUUAUUUAGCAACAUACUUUUGCAGGAAGAAAAAGAAAAGUCACUAUAUUAGAAGUAUAAAAAAAAAAAUCAGAACUACCUCACAAAGGAAACAAAGAAAAUGAAAAAAUGCAGGGUUAAACAGCAGGAGAUGGUGGCGGGAGAAUUGUAUAUCCCAGACUGAUUUCCUCCGCAGAAUCCGGAUAACUGUGGCCCGUUUGAGAAAUGAGCCUCAUGGGGUUGGGUGGCUGUUGCAGCGAGUAUCGCUUGGCCAUUCUGAUCAGCAACGCCUUUGCAAACAUGGAAAUUAUUUUUAGAUAACAAGUUGUAACCAUGUGGUCAAUUAAUGUAAGGGAGAUAAUCAUUUCUAGAUAAUCCUUGUAGCUUGCUUACCAACCACAUGGUUCUGGGUUCAGUCCCACUGUGUGGCACCUUGGGUAAGUGUCUUCUGCUAUAGCCUCGGGCCGACCAAAGCCUUGUGAGUGGAUUUGGUAGAUGAAAACCGAAAGAAGUUUGUCAUAUAUAUGUAUAUAUAUGUUUGUGUCUGUGUUUGUCCCCCCACCAUCUUUUGACAACUGAUGUUUGUGUGCUUAUGUCCCCAUAACUUAGCGGCUUGGCAAAAGAGACUGAUAGAAUAAGUACUAGGCUUACAAAGAGUAAGUCCUGGAGUCGAUUUGUUCGACUAAAAGGUGGUGACUGAAACAAAUAAAAGAAAAAGAAUUAAAAAAAUAUAUAUCAUUGGUGUUGGUGCCGAUGUCAUGUAAAAAACAAAAAAACAUCCAGUACUCUAUGUGAAGUGGUUGGCGUUUGGAAUGGCAUCCAGCUGUAGAAAUCAAGCCAAAAUGGACAAUGGAGCUUGGUGUGGUCUCUGGCCUUGACAGUUCCUGUCGAUAUAUUUUAUGGUUUAUUAUUGUUUAUAUUUUGAAUUACAUAAUGGCGGCACCAAAAUCUUUUAGAUGCUUAGAGCCUCUGUGGAUCUUAAUCUGUCCCUGGUUGUGAACUUAACAAUUUGACAAUAUUUCUAUUAA